AUGAUCGUGGAGUCGGAAACUCGUGAAACGGCUUAUCGUUUCGUCUCCUAUACGGCCGUAGCAUUCUCGCUGAUCGCGAUACUUUCCGUGUUUGUCACGCUACCUAUGGUCAACAGCUAUGUGAAUUCAAUUCAUCAACGUGUACAGACCGAAAUGGAAUUCUGCAAGAUGUCAGCACAAGAUGUGAUGAUCGAAGUGAACCAAUAUCGAGCAACACCCAAAAAUACGGCUCUCCCAUCGUUUUUGCGACUGCCCGCUAACUCGACCACCAAUCUCCGCGCUAAACGUCAAGCUUCAUGUCAAGGAUGUUGCUUACCUGGACCACCUGGACCUGAUGGUCCACCAGGUAAAAAUGGAAGACCAGGUCGCCCAGGAGCACAAGGCCCACCAGGAUUUCCAGGACGACCACCAGCAGUAUGCGAACAAGUCACGGAACCACCAUGCACUCCUUGUCCACCUGGAGAACCCGGACCACAGGGACCUCAAGGAGAUCCCGGGAACGCUGGACCACCUGGUCCACCAGGAAGAAAUGGAAAUGACGGAAAUCCAGGACCUCAAGGACCACCCGGAGCUCCGGGUCCACGUGGUGAACCAGGACGUGACGGACCUCGUGGAGAGGCCGGAAGACCAGCGAUAUCAACGCCUGCUCUACCANGAACAAGUGAGCAUUAUUUACUUACUUGA